UUUCCUCAAUUCAAACUUCGCGGUUUGUGCUAGAAUUCGUUUCUCUCACGACUUCGCGUCUCGCUGUAUACAACAAUGAGCGACAAACUCACCGUCGGCAUCCGCAUCAAUAUUCAACGUUCAGACGGUCGAGUGCAUGACGCAGUUGUGACGGCAGUUAACAAUGCAACAUCCUGUGUUACUGUUGAGUGGUUUGAACGCGGAGAAACGAAGGGAAAAGAGAUUGAAUUUUCGUGCAUCUUUGCAAUCAACCCAGAGUUGCAGACGGUCACAACAGCUCAGAAAUCAAGAUCACGUUUGCGUCAGUCUGAGCGACCAGCUCCACGUAUCCAGUCUCCACUUGCUCUACAAAACAACAACGCAGCUGCCGUUUCUCGCCUCUCAACACCAGUUGCCUCUCAGCAGAGAGGAGGAGGACGACUUCGGCAGUUAAAACCUCCACAACUACGACAAGUGCCCCCACCAGCUGCAGAUCCACUUCCUGCCAAAGAAUCAAAGCAGAGCAUCGCAGGUGGGCGCCGCAAAUCUCAUUGCGUGAAGGAAGUUGAGAAAAUUAAGAAGCAACGAGACGAACGACGUGCUAAGCAUGCUGAUGUCGUACAACACAGAAGAGACGACAGGGACAGUAAUAAUCCUAAUUAUGAGUUUCUUCAGAUGAUUAGAGAGUAUAAACAACAGAUUGAUGUCCGACCUCUUCAGAUGUCUGAACCGAUUGGCAACCAUUGUAUUUGUGUCUGUGUUCGCAAGCGUCCUUUGAACAGAAAAGAAAUUAGCAAAAAGGAUAUUGACGUGGUCACAAUACCAGACAAAGAAAACACAGUCGUCCAUGAAUGUAAAUUAAAAGUUGACUUGACGAAGUUUCUAGAAAAUCAUCAGUUUAGAUUUGACUUUUCAUUUGACGAAAAUGCGACAAACACAAUGGUCUACAGAUAUACAGCACAGCCUCUUGUUGAAACAAUAUUUGAUCGCGGGAUGGCCACGUGUUUUGCAUAUGGACAAACGGGCAGCGGCAAGACACACACAAUGGGUGGAGACUUUCAUGGCAAGGAUCAGGAUUGUAGUAAAGGAAUUUAUAUCAUGGCAGCUCAGGAUGUUUUCCGGUUGGCUAAACUUCCAAAAAACAGAUCAAAAGAUCUCACAGUCAGCUGCAGUUUCUUCGAGAUUUACAGUGGAAAAGUGUUUGAUUUGCUGAAUGAGAAGAAGAAGCUCUGCGUUUUGGAGGAUGGAAAUCAAGUCGUUCAAGUUGUUGGUCUAGAGGAGGAGAUUGUUCACGAUGUUCCUGACGUGUUACAGCUUAUUCAGAGUGGAAACACAGUGCGCACAUCAGGAACUACUUCGGCCAAUCAGCAUUCAUCUCGUUCUCAUGCCAUAUUUCAGAUUAUUCUUAGAAAGAGAACAAACGGCAAACUCUAUGGCAAGUUCUCUCUUAUCGACUUAGCAGGAAACGAACGAGGAGCUGACACAUCAAGCUCCAAUCGGCAAACAAGAAUGGAAGGUGCAGAGAUCAACAAGAGCCUCUUAGCACUCAAAGAAUGCAUCAGAGCACUUGGAAGGAAAGGAGCUCACUUACCGUUUAGAGCCAGCAAGCUGACUCAAGUGUUGAGAGAUUCGUUUAUUGGAGACAGAGCAAGGACGUGCAUGAUUGCUAUGAUAUCUCCUGGCUUAUCCAGCUGUGAACAUACACUCAAUACAUUGAGAUAUGCCGACAGAGUGAAGGAACUUGAAACGACUUCGCUGUCUAAAGCAGGAGCCGGUGGUGAUGAUGACAGAGUUGGUAAUGAUGUUGUUGUUGAUGUGACGCCGACGAAAGUGGGAAAGAUGGAGGCGGCGAGGGUCAUGACUCCGUCAGAGAGUGAUCUUGUUUUGCUACAUGAGAGCUUGAAGAGGAGUCAGGAAACGUCGGAUGAAUUAUUGACGUUUCACGAAGCCGUGUCUCAUCUGGUUCAAGCUCAAGAUGAACUGGUUGAUGAGCAUAGAAGCAUUAUACAGGAUUUCAAGGAUCUAGCGAAUGAAGAGGAACAGCUUUUAGACGAAGUUGAUAAUCCUGAUUACGACAUCGAAGAAUAUGUUGACAAGUUAACACGCAUUCUGUCAACAAAGAAGGCAAAAAUCCAUAAACUAGAAGACAAGUUGGUUGCUUUUAAGAAGCAACUACAGGAGGAAGAAGCGGCCAGUAAACGAGUCAAGCGAACCCCCUACGUUUGACUACAAUCGUGUGUUGUCUUUAUGUACAUGUAUGUCGUAUACGAUACUCAAACGGCAUGAAGUCAAGCUUGAAGUUGAUUCAUUUAUCAUACACUCAAGCAACUUCAGUAUUCAAUAAUUAUCAUAUUGUGUUGUGAGUUGCUGUAACUGUAUAAUUAAUUAAUGCAGAAGAAUGAAUAGAGAA